CUUCAAAGCCUUGAUCACUUAUCUGCUUAUCAAUCAAGGAAUGACCACGACAGCUAUCCAUCAUCGAAGUCGCCCACAAUCCAGAUUUUUUGCCGCGUAUGGAUCACAUUUGUUCACAGUCAGACUCAACCGAGUACCAACCGUCUGUGGCAGACAUCUUAAAAGUCAAACGAUACCUGCAAUUCAAGCUUCCUGCGGAGCUUAUUGACAGGAUUAUCGACGACGCAUGUUACUGGGCACACAGCACAGUCUACAUCGGGCGGCCUUUCACCGUUCCUAUUUACAGGAACGGAAAGCGUUCUGUAGAUGGAGUCUACAUAAGAUCACUCCCUCUUGGCAUUCGCGGCACUGAGGGCGACAUCAGGCUAGUUGAAGAGGACUUCGAGGAUGGUGGUGUGGCUUGGGAGAAGAAGUUGCAACUCGGCGGACUGGAUGACGCCUCAUCUUCUGCGCCGACGCUAUCAUCGCAUCCGUGCAGAAAGAUAGAGUUCCAGCUAUGGUGUCAUGAUCAAAGCGUGCGCAAGAAGUUUCCUCAUGCGUUCAGCACAUCAUUCGUAUGGGCCGACGUCAGCAUAGAGUCAUUGCAGACACCCAUCUCUGAAGACGACACCAUCGAAUGGCCAGCGCAUCUUCUUUUCGAAGAGUGCAGCGCAGAGCUAUCGCGUAGUCAACAAGAAACCGGCAAACCGUUCAAUCCUCCCAGCCUGAAACUGAGGAAAAAUAUUGCAAUGAAGACCUCGGGAUCAACCCACCCCAUGUUUUGGCAUUUCCGCGAUUCAUUCCACAACUGCAAGGACCCCGACGAUGACUGCGUCUGGCAUUUUAUUGAUAAAACCUUUGACAGGGAUGCUGCCAAGUCUGCUCAAGUGGGGAGACUGGUGCGCAGCAUGGAAGUAGGAGAUUGCGUGACCCUGUGGGUCCAAAAUCGGCAUCCCGAGUCAGAAGAUAACGUUCAAGAGGCCAGGAUCACUGUGUAUUGGGCGGUGUAGCACCACGGCAUUUUCCAAUAUCAAUACAUACAUAUUGUGGCAAGCCGAACCUCGUUCAGCUUCCCAACUUUGAAGAUAAAGUUCAAGGGGCCAGGAUCAUUGGGUCGUGUGGUAGUGCCCGGCAUCUUUCCACACAUGCCGUGACUAGCUGAUUUUUUCGAACCUCGUUCAUUUUUCCAUUACAUACGAGACGUGCUCAAAGUUUACAGUACUUAUCCCCUUGUCCACGUUUGUUAUUGAAGGAAUCAGUAAAUUAUGUCCAAUACAAAUUUCCACAGGGUUCUAGUGGAUCCAUCGUUAAUCCCAAGCAGUUAACAAGGAUCCGGGAU